AAAGUAAGAUAAUUAUACCAAAGUCUCCUGUCAAUGAAUAGCAAAGGACGUUAUGGGCUGCUCAUUGAUCGUUGACUUUUUAUGAAUGAGGAGAAAAGAAAGAACAGUUAAUGAAUGGUGCUAGUAGAUGACGUCACCUUCAUUGUGACGCCGCCUCCCUUUUAUGGAGCGGGCGUCUGAGCCUCAUUCAUAAAACGGAAAGAGGUAACUGGCUGUGAUAGUAGGCUAAUGCUCUCAGGAGGGUACAGAGCAGCAUUAACUUACACGGGAGCUGCUUUGGAUUUAUGACUGUCUACUUGCAUUCGCCGUGUAUUUUCAACGGACUAUCCCAAAUUCAGCUUUGUGUGGUAGCCCGAAGUGAAAAAAUGGUUACCAUGGAUGAACUUCGCGAAAUGGAUUGCAGCGUUUUGAAAAGGUUGCUGAAGGACGACAGCGCAAAAUGUCUGGUAUUGGACUGCAGAUCUUUUCUGGCAUACAGCGCCGGACAUAUCCGAAGCGCAGUAAACAUUCGCUGUAACACAAUCGUACGAAGACGGGCGAAGGGCUCGGUCAGUUUGGACCAAAUUCUGUCGGGGGACGAGGAAGCCAGAGGCAGAUUAAAAUCGGGACUGUAUUCUGCAGUUAUUUUGUACGACGAGAGGACACCGGACGCGGACACAAUAAAAGAGGACAGCACAAUCACACUGGUGCUUAAUGCGAUAUACAGGGACACCUUCGGAACUGAAGUAUAUCUCCUUAAAGGAGGCUUCGACAGAUUCUUCUCUCAGUACCCAGACUUUUGUUUAAAAACCAAAUCAUUGCCGUCGUCGACCACCCCUCUGUCUGUCAUAGACUCCAGCUUUACCUCCUGUGGAACCCCUCAGCACGACCAGGGUGGUCCAGUGGAAAUCCUGCCGUUUCUGUUCCUCGGCAGUGCGCUGCACGCUUCUAAGAAGGAUAUGUUGGAUGGCAUGGGGAUUUCUGCUCUACUGAAUGUAUCGUCAAACUGUCCCAAUCAUUUUGAGGGUGUAUACCAGUACAAGUGCAUUCCCGUUGAGGACAAUAUUAAAGAGGACAUCAGCUCAUGGUUUAUUGAAGCCAUUGAGUUUAUUGACUCGGUGAAGGACUCCAACGGGCGCGUGCUAGUGCACUGCCACGCAGGGAUCUCGCGCUCGGCCACCAUCUGCCUGGCCUACCUGAUGAUGAAGAAACGCGUGCGGCUGGAGGAGGCCUUUGAGUUCGUCAAGCAGCGGCGCAGCAUCAUCUCGCCCAACUUCAGCUUCAUGGGUCAGCUGCUGCAGUUCGAGUCGCAGGUACUGGCCACCAGCUGCGCGGCCGAGGCGGCCAGUCCUGGUGCCACCACGCUGGGCUCCAAGUCUUCCUCGGUACCCGCCUCGCCCACGUACAUCUUCAGCUUCCCGGUGUCGGUGGUGGCGGCGGCAGCGGCCCACGGGCACGGACAGCCCAGUAGCCUCUCCUACUUGCAGAACCCCAUCACCACGUCGCCCAGCUGCUGAUACGUGGAGCCCAGGCCGUGGCCUUAAGAGACUCACUCGCACAACAGAGACUUGCUUUGUUUUUUACUGCCCAAAGCUGGUGUGUGUGUGUGUGUGUGGGGGUUGAUGCAGAUUGUGUGUUGUAGGGGCAUUUUUUUGGUUUGUUUCUGGCCUCACAAUUGUCACGUCUAACCUGGACACAGAUCUGCUAGGAGGCGGAGCAGUCGAAAGACGAGCUCUCGUCCACUGCCCCCCUUUCCCCCAACUGAAACCCCAGCUGCAGAAACCUGCUCCGGCAGGCUGCCACCGCCGCAGCGUUUUAUACACUGGACCGGACUUCCGAGGACGGACACGUUUGAACAUUAACAGUCAUGAAUCACAUCGCAGCCCGACGGGCCUAGCUCUCAUUUCCUAAGGUGGCUUCCGAACUCUGACACUGAUACUGCUGCUUGGUGAGAGGAGAAUGACUGAAAACAAGAGUGUGUGAGAGAGAGAGAGAGAGAGAAGGAGGGAUGGAGGGAUAGAGGAGAAACGAGUGUGAGGACAUUAAUCCCCAGUGUAAACUCAGCAGUACUCUGACUUCCUGAGGCAGUCCAGGAGGCCCCCUCAGCUCUGACAGGCACUGCACCUUGCUCUCUGGGCUUCCUGUUUCCGACCACUCUCCAUCUCCCCCCCACACACACACAAACUCACACACACACACACACACACACACACACAAACACACAGUUGUUUCCACCGGGUGGGACUGUAUCACAGAAUCCUUUACUAUGAGUUCAUUCACUGUCACACUUAAAUGUUGGAGCACAGGAGAAGAGGAUGAAGAGUCGGGUGUCUCACGUGGCAGUGACGCUCGAAAACAACAUGGCCGUCCUAAUCUCACUUUGCCAUGUCAGUUAGUCCUGACAAAUUUCCAACAGGACUGCAGUUCACGGUCAAGUGUAUUACUAUACGAUACGUUCUUUGGCUGUGCCUUGAACCCAGAAGGUACAAGAGACUUUUAUGUUUAUUUUAUUUUUUUGUUUAGAGAGCGCUUUUUUGGAUCAUCCCUGCCCUUUUUAUUUUUUCCCCCCCUUUGCCAUUGUACACAUAUGGACCCAUGGACCGAUCUUGAGACACUGCAUUUAAACUGCAAUAGAGACGCUAGCCUCCGUCUCUGUUUCCUCAUUGAGUAGAGCAAUAAUGUUUUCUUCUUACUUCCCAGUGGCCACCAAAGCACUGCAGUCUUGUUUGUUUUAUUUCCCCCAUGAGUUUCUUUUUGUCUUGAUGGUGUGUGUGAGUGUGUUUUUUUUUUUUCUUUUUUCAUCUCUUUGUUUAACUUAUGAUUUUUGUUCCUUGCUAAUUUAUACGCAAAAAAGCUCAGAAAUUAUUUCAGCUUUAUGCCUUAUCGAUGACUGUGGAGUUCUCAAAAAAAAAAAUAUAUAGGAAUGUUCUCCUGAGUCUGCACACACUGUGGUGUUUCACCAUUGGAUUGCUCUCUUAAGAAGAGAGGUAGGGCAUGCUGUCGGGUUAUCAAUGUAACCGUAGACAACCUUGAAAGAGGAGUAAGAUUGGUAACCAUGCUCAAUUGAUAAGAUUAUGAGACGGUCAACUUGACCUGUAAAACACAAUCAACAUUACCCAAAUACACUGUAACUCUGAGAAGAGAUUCUGAGAUUCUGUCGUCAUCCAGAAACCUUUUUUUUUAAGCCAACAGUGAAUUUAGACUCACAGCUCCAUGAAAAAAAAAUUGCAUUUCAAUCAUAAUAUCUGCCUUCAAAAUAUUAGCCAAAUUAUGUUGUCAUAACUUUUACAAACCAUACCACCCUGGCUCUUGAGGGGUGGGGGUAUGAGACUCAGCUUUCAUUUGGUUUAGAGAAUGUGGGCACCUUUUAUAGAGCACUUUUAAGUGAUGCAAUAUUGUGAUUUUUUUUUUUUUUUUUUUUUUUUUUUUUGCACAUUGGAGUAGGUGGUAGCUGAUAUUUCUAAUGCCCAUCCGUUAUACUGUUUAGAGUAGGUCAAUGAAAAUGAAAAUGUGUACAUUUUGUCAACAAUCACUGAAGAAUGCAAUACUUUUUAUCUGUUCAUUGAAAUGUUAUUGACUCUCUAAGGCAAUAUCAUUUGAGAAAGGUUGGAGUUGUAGAGAAUUCCUCUUGUUUUGAUGUAUGGUAUGUACAUUUUAUUUAUUUCUGCAGAUUCAUUGUUAAAUAUAACAAUGUUCUUAA